AGAAGAUCGAUCCUAUAUAAGCCCCGAAACCCGAUUGAUUCUACAGUUCAAAUCGAACAUUCGACCCGAGUCUUUUGAGAAUGAAGCUUAUUUUGGUUUUGGCUUGUCUGGCACUUUAUGUGGCCCACACCUCUGGCCAGGUCAACUGCCGUGGACGUCCCGCGAUCCAGGCAUGCACUGGCGGCCGGCAUGAAGGCCACAACCGAAAUAGGUCCUGUCCAGCGAGAUUCAUGCCCGUAAUGUGGUGGUACAACCCACGCGUCAGGGACUGCCAAACGAUGAGGUACUUGGGCUGUGGGGGCAACAACAACCGCUACUGCUCUCUCGCCGACUGUCGUCGUCGGUGCAUACGCCGCUAG